GGGGGAGAUCAGGGCCGCAGCUCUCCGGAGAGGCCAGCUUGAAGCGCUCCCUGUGCCGCAGCAGGAGGAAUGAGAGGAAUGCGCCACGUGGGCCUGGCGACAGGCACCCGAAGGCGAGGGCGAGAGCGGAGCCUGGGGCAGCGAUGCGGGUGUGAGAUGUGCCCGGCCCCCGCCCCGCCGGCAGAUAGGGCCUGCUCAAAAGGCACAUUGUGCAUUGUGGCUGGGGCCGAGCUGCCGUGGUGAGCAGCUCGCUCCCUCCACCAGCACAGCAGCAGCCUGCUGGCUCGGGGCUGGAGGCGAUGCUGGACACAUGGGCUGCUGCCUGGGGGCUCCUUGGCACCAGGACCUGGCCCUGGGGUGCACAGGAGAAGAGUGUGAGUCCUGCUGCCCCCGCUCGCCCCUGCUCCUGCCCCGCUGGGACCACCUGCAGCACGCUGCCGCCGAGCGCCGGGGACCAUGGUGGCGAGGGACGACCAUGGCAUCAGGUAGGGCUGGGGCACCAGAGACAAAUGGUGCAGCUACCGAGGCAGCAGAAGGCUUGCUGGACACCUCCUCGGUGCUGCUGGCUGUCGGGGAGAACUUCCCACCAGAGAUUUCACUCUUCUUCUCCGUUGAGAGCCGCUCCUCCCGGUGCCUCAAUUCCCAGCUGCAGGAAGCCGCCAGGAAGAAGCUGUGGGCCCUGGAGAGUGAUGACAGAGCCGUCCAUGCCCUCUUCAAGGAGCUGUCAGCCAGGCUGGUCUGUGUGCAAGCACAGGAAGAUCGGUUCCUGCUCACCUUCAAAACCCUGGAAGAAGUCUGGAAGUUCUCCACGUACCUAGCACUAGGCUAUGUGGGCAACUGCUUGGAGCAGCUUCUCUUUGGCCAGGAGUACUGGCUAAACUGCGCUCUGAUGGAGGACACGGAGAUCAGAGUUAGCAUGGAUGAAGAUCGCUUGGCCACCAUCUACCUGGGUCUGCUGCUCCAGGAAGGUAACUUUUUUUCCAGAGCAGUGUCCGGUGUCUGCCAGCCUGAGGAGGAGGGAGAGGAAGGCCUGCGGCUCCGCAGGAACGAGCUGAUCCACGUGAAGAACAUCGGAGAGGAGUCCAUGUGGGAAGGGAUGUCCUUGCUGACAGGGCAACGAGGGCUGGUGCCUGUGGCAUCUCUCGAGCCCGUACCUCACCCGUUUUACCAGUGGUUUCUGAAGAAUUAUGCCAUGAGUUUUGGCAUCUCCCAGGAGAUCGGUGGGGCGACCUGUCAGACAAUCGUGAAAGGCAGGUGCACAGCCACAGAGGACCACAAAGGAGCAGCAUGGGAUGAACUGAGUUUCUCCAAGGGAGACGGCAUAGAAAUCAUCGGCUUCCUCGUUCCAGGACUCCCGUGGUUUGUGGGCAAAUCCCUAAGCAGUGGGAACAUUGGCUUUGUCCCGACGCGAUACAUAAACACCACGGCUUGUGAACCCUUGGGAAAGGGCUUGGUGUUUCUGAGCGAAGAGGAAAAAUCCCCCCUCCUGCGUAUCCCCUGCAAUGGUGGUGAGCAGCACUUCGCCACCCUCCUGGGCGAGCUGGCACACACAGACAUCACCUCCGUGUACCGGCUGGAUGGUUUUGAACCCACAGCCAUGUUCCCCAAAGUGCCAUCAGAGGCUGUUCUCCACGGCGGUAAGGAUAUUCAGCUGCUACAGACCUGGGAGGAAAUAAACGGCCUGGCUACAGCUAGCACCUCCGAGCAGUCUAGCCCCGGGAGUGAAUCGGCCCCUGCUAUGUUGGAAGAUGUUCUCCUGGACAAGCUGGAUGACUUUGAUGAUCCCAAGUUCUUUAUUGACCUGAAUGCUGGACACAUGGAAGAUGCUGAUGUCUUUGACCCCAUACUCACCUUCCUUAACCAUGAGAGUUACGUGCCCAGUUUUCAAAGCCUCUAUGAUACGAGUUUUUCCUUUCUCAACUCCACUUUUUAUGGUUUCUCUGAUGAGGAUGAACUGGUCUUGUACCUUGAAACAUCCAGGAACUGGGCUAAGAGGACUCAUGCGAUCUGGGCUCAUGUAAGGCUCUGUUUCCUCUUGGGCAAGCUCUGCAUCAGAAAGGUCAAGUUCUCCCAGGCUCGAGUCUAUUUCGAGGAAGCCCUGAGCACCCUGGACAGGGGCUUUGGGGACCUGCCCCUGCUGGCUGCCUUGCACGUGAACCUCGCUUCCAUUUACCUGAAACAGAACAUGAAGAACAAGUUCUCCUCCUUGCUGGGCAAAAUGGUGACCUUGCUCGUCUGCUUGCCUGGCCGCCCUUUCAGCUCUGAGAAUGAGCUAGAAGUCAUGGUGUACGUGCUCAGGGAAGCCAUUGCCGUGGGCAAUGCUCCCCUGGAGAUGCGUGUCUGCUUCCUUAUUGUCAAGCUCUUCCUACAGCUGGGAAAAACUGACGAAGUGCUGCCCUUUACUGAGCAUCUUCAGUGUCUCACCACCACGUUACUCAGCCCGGACACUGGUGCUGUGCCACUGGAUGUCACCCCCAUCUUGAGCUACCUGUAUGACAAGAAGUACUUGCCAAACAUUGCGCUGGCCUCUGCCAGGCUCUUUGUUCCCAGCGGCAUCAAGGGAGCACCAACACCCAUCUGGAGAGCUGGCUUCAUCCUCCAAUGUACGUCCAAGCUCCUGGGAAGCCAACCGGAGAGGAGCUGCAUCCCAGCGCUGGCUUGUUUCUACCUCCAUCAGGCCCUGCAUUUCUCCUGCGAGAGCAGGGCCGUGCCCACCCAGAGGACGCUGUGCACCAUCUUGUCCCGGCUGCACCUCCAGCAUGGCCUGCUGCACGGGGCGCUCCGCCACGCCGCCAGGGCUGUGGCCUUCAGCAGGCUGAUGGGCGAUGAGGAAGCCUUUGAAUCUUCCCUCUCCCUGGGGUGGAUGUACCUCCUGAACAGCCAGCCAGGCCCGGCCGCAGAGAUCAUGGGGCAGCUCCUGCAGUCCCUGCAUGGGACGGACAGCGUGACGCAGGGGGGGGCCGUGCACAACCUCCUGGCCAUUGCCCUCAAAGGGGAAGGGCAGGUGCAGAAGGCUGCGGAGAACUACCUCCGGGCCCUGCACAAGGCCAAGGAGACUGGCAACAAGAGGAACCAGGCCAUCGCCCUGGCCAACCUGGGGCAGCUGAGCCUCUCGCACGGAGCGAGCCAGCUGUCUGAGCUCUACCUGCUGCAAUCUGCUUGGCUCUAUGCUGAGCUGCAGGGCUGCCAGGACACGGAGCUGGAGGCGGUGCAGGUGCUGCUGUGGCUGGCACAGGCCAUGGUGAACAGGCAGAGGGUGGAAGAUGGCAAACUCUGCUAUGAACUGGCGCUGGGCUUUGCCCUGAAGUGGCGUAAUGUGAGGAGUCAGCUUCACGUCACGGAGGCUCUCUGCCAUUUCUACAGCAAGGUGUCCCCCAACCUCCAUGCCUGCAUCACCUACCACGAACACUGGGUGUCUCUGGCCCAGCAGCUCCAGGACAGAGAGAUGGAAGGCAAUGUUCAGCAGACCCUCAGCCAGCUCUACCAGGCUUUGGACACCUCCGAGGCCUUGAGACAGUCUCUGGACUGCACCAAGCAGAGCCUAAGGAUCUUCAUCGACCUGGAGGAGACUGGCAAGGCGGCAGAGGCCUGGCUGCAGGCAGGAAGGCUCUACUACCUUAUGCAGGAAGACGAGCUGGUGGAAAUGUAUUUCCAGGCAGCCAUUCAGACAGCUCUGAAGUCUGAGAACUUCUCCUUGGCCAUGGAGCUUUAUGAAAAAGCAGGCGAUACCUUUUUUAACGGCAGCCGAAACAGGGACCGAGCAGUGGAGUUUUACAGGGGUGGUGCUGUGCCCUUGGCCAGGAAGCUAAAGGCCAUACAGACAGAGCUACGGCUGUUCAACAAGCUGGCAGAACUGCAGAUUGGGCUGCAAGGCUACGAGAAGGCGCUGGAGUUUGCCACACUGGCAGCCCGGCUGAGCAUCAGGGUGGGAGAUCAAUUGCAAGAGCUGGUUGCAUUCCACCGCCUGGCUACAGCCUACUAUUUUCUGCAGAUGUAUGAGAUGGCAGAAGAUUGCUACCUGAAGACGCUUGCCCUGCGCUCCCCCAUGCUGCAGUCCUCUGGAGAGGCCUUGUACUACUCCAAGGUGUAUUGCCACCUUGGCAACCUGACCCUGCACAAACUGAAGGAUGAACAGGAUGCAGCAGCCUACUUCCUCCUGGCCCUCGCUGCAGCAACUGAAAUGGGAGACCAGGAGCUGCAAGGCCGCAUUCACACCAAGCUGGCCAAUGUCCCCAGGGCCACGCUGGGGCCCGCGGACACGCCAGGCUGUGCCACGUACCGGCCCCGGUGGCUGAGCGAAGGCGGCCACGUCGUCUGACCCAUCCAUCGCCAUGGGGACGUGCCUGCAAACAGCUUCUUGCCUCGCAUGGGUCCGUGUGCUCUCCAGAAGCAGCAUCCCACGAGGGGUCUGGCCACUGGCAGUGAUUUAUUUCUGUGUCCACAGCAGACAAGGGACCUGGGACCCUCAUUUCUCAGGAGUGGGGCUGUGUGCCGCGGUGCUGCUGGCAGAGUGAGGCAGGAUGGAGCCCAGGAGCAGGUGCUGGAGCACGGUGCAAUGGGGCAAGAAGCAGGCAGCAUUCCAGGAGCGUGGCUGUGCAGGAUGGGGAUAGGGACAGGGACAUGGAUUGCUAUGGGGACAGGGACAGGGAUGGGAACAGGGACAGGGUGCUACCCGUCCCCACCUGGACCCCACUGGACAGCUCAACCGGCAGUGGGACACUUCCGACCCAAGCGUGUUUUAACUCGAAUAGCAAAUCUAUUUAUUCCUAGCUGUUUUCUGUUCUGUGUGCUCUGCUCUGUGACCCCACAGCUCCGCAGGAGCCAGGUCCUGUUCGGCACAGAGCUCCAGCCCCGCUCACCGCCAGGGUGCACCAGAGCCCCGCGGUUGCAGGCAGCACAGCCGCUCCUCGUCCCGCCCGGCCCCAGCCCCGCUGCGGGUGCUGAGCCAGGGGGGAGCACUCCCCCGGGCUCCGAGGGCUGUGCUAGCCAGCUGGGGGCUCCACGGGGAGACCUUGCUGCAAGCCCCUUCGUGUCCCUUCCAUGCUGCGCCCCUUGGAAGAGCCAAAUGCACAACGUGGGUUUCCUCGCCCCCGCUGCAAGUGCUGCCUUCGUUUUCCCCUUCUGACCCCCGUGAGCCAUCCAUCACCAGGGCAGCAAAUAGUUUAAUGCUUGUUUACCAAACAUUCCUGCGAUGCCAUCGGGGGAACCUCAGCCCUGUGCUGGGAGGCAAAUCUCUGUCCUGUUUGACAUCCAGUGAGCUUUUGGGGGAACGGGUCCAGGAAAAUCCUGUGGCUCGCGCCACGGGCAGCCCGCUCUGCACUCAGCUCAGGUGCCGUGCGCUCUCCCAGCAGGGGCCAGGAUCUGUGCAGCUGCACCAGCCCGCCUGUGUGCACAUCCUGUCCUCAGCUCUGUCCUUGGGGGUCCCGAAAUGACACCCGAGGCCACCAUGAGGCUGCUGCCCAGCACCCAGGUGGGUGCAGACCCAACAUCCCUGCACUGGGUGGCCAGUGGCUCUUGUGGUUCUUGUCAAAUCAAAGCCCCAUGGAGGAUGAAUCAUGCAGAGAGCAUUUUCCCUAAAAUAUCCUUUCCAGAGCCAAAACCGGAGGCCUUUCCACAUAGCACCAGUGAGAAAAAAUGGGCUUUGUUUAAACACAGCGAGUCAGUGUUUCAGCUGGUCUAAAUCAGCUGAGACAUCCUGAUCUGCAGGACUGUAGGUCUGACCCAUAGCUUUUAACCAGACAUGUGUUUUCUAAAUCACAGCAAAUGACUUUGUGUGCCUGGGGAAAAAAGCGAGGCUUGCUCCUUGAGAACAUCCCAUAAAACAUCCUUUUCCCUCUCAUCCACCAGCCCUCUCUGACAAAGCCGGGCUGUUUUCCUAUCAGGAUGAAAGGUCAGGGUGGCCAGGGCUGAUUAAACACCAUAAUAACACUUGGAAGUAAAGUGAAACUUGGUGCGUGCCAGCCCCUGUGUCUGUGCCCAAGGGUGGGUGAGGACCCAGCAUUCCUGCAGCUGUGGAGGAGACUUCUUGUUGCCCCUUUCUCUCUGGGCAAGGAAAAGCAGGUCUUUUGGGGUCUUUGUGCCAGGUGAUGGCACAGGCCCUGGGGCAGCCUGGCUGGGGGUUAUCACCUUCCACCCCUCCGUCCCUCAUUCCCAGGGCAUGGGGCGAGGAGCUGCCUGUCUCUUGGGAGCUGCCAUGUGUGUGUACGUAGCACAGAGACCACGCACGGGGAGCACACCCCAAGGUGCUGCAGGGUGCAGAGCUGUGGCAUUGCAUCACCAACAAGGAGGUCGGAAGAGCAGGAUGGUAGCAAGACAGGAGAUAUUUAUCCUACAGGCACUGCCACCAGUGCCCAGCCCACUUCACCAAUGCAAAUGCCACUCCGAGCAGAGGAAAAAAUAGGGGAAAGGGAAUGGAUGGAUCAGGUCUCUUCGUACCCCAGGUGUUGUCGCCGUGCUGUGGCUUGUGACUCAUUUCUGAGCUGCAUGUGACUGCCUGCUCCGUGCCCAGUCCCAGCAGUUUUCCUGCCUCCAGUCCCUGGCCAGCAGAGCUGGAAAUAGCACCAGAGGUCCCACGUGUGGCAGCACGGACCUCCACACAGCCAUAGAAAGCUGCACCUUCCCUUCCAGCACGUUCAGAGGGUGAAGGGUGCUGCUGGAGGAACCUCCUUGCAUCGGUGCCAGCGCUUGUGCGUGCCUGGGGCCAUCCCCUUGCUGUGAUCUUCCACCCGUGUGAUCCUCCGGGCACCAGCACAACCAGCCCUGAUGCAAGCCUGCAUAGGAGAUGAAGCUGGCACGCUGACCCCAUUUUUGGCUAAUGCCCUGGGGGGAAAUUUAGGCCUGGAGUAAGGAAGGACUGGAUUUCUUUAACAUAUGCUCAUUCUUGGACAGUGGAAGUACUACGACAAGAAUAAUUCCUGGAUCAUCUUAGCUCUGGUGUUAGCCUCCAGGGCAGUACAAAAAAGGAAGCACUGAUAACUGCACGUAUAGAUAUGGACAGAAGUGUCAAGGUAGCUAGAUUUAUUUGGGCUUACACAGAAUCUACUCCUUCCUGCAGAAACACAACACCCAGCAGUAAUAAUUACUAUGAGCAGACAUCUCUCAUCAUUCCUUCAUUGUACGGUGCUGUAGCUCUUCCCUGCCUAUGCUGGACAGACCUUCCUAUUCCAGCUGCACCACACAGCUUCAUCCCACAGCCUGAGGGCCCCCUGGGUUAGCUGAGGGGCAGAAACCCUCGCUGAGUGCUGUCAAGGCCCAGCAGUGGGGCAGGGACAGUGUGUGCUUCUUGGGUGAGAGGUCUGAAUUUCAGGAUGUGCUGCACAGAUCCAGGGAGUGGGUAGGAGCCAUCCCGAGGACCUGUGCCUGGGCAUCGCUUAACCAAAAUAAUCAACCACAGCACAGCAGCCAACCCUGCUAGGAGCACGCCAGGGCUGUACAGAGCUCUUCUGGAGCUCAGUGCCCAGGCUUUGCAGCCAGAGAUGUUGUCCAUGGACCUUACAUCAUUUCUCCAUCCCCAUCAACCUCAGAUUUUGGCAGAGGGGUGGUGCUGGCCUCCAGCAGUCUGCUUUCCCUGGGGCUUGUUGAGGAUGCGGAGGGGCAAAGCGUCGGGGGCAGAGCUCACCUUAUCUCAGGGGCGGCUGGCCCACUGCAGCCAGCAUCUUCCUGCACUGCUUGGGAAAGUAAGGAGAGGUUGGUAAACACCAGCUGUUCUGCUAAGCAGAGGUGGGUGAAGUAUCUAAAAUGGGCAAUUUACAUUAAAAAUCAUUUAUUUUCA